AUGCACAACCCAGCUGCUGUAGGUUUGUAUACACAUCUCACAGCUCGACUUACCCUUUAUGCUUCGUGCCGCCUCUUUAACGGAUACUACCAUCAUCGAGUCAUCGAGUCACCGACGGCAGCCGGCAUGCACCCAUCACCUGUCGAAGCGUAUCAAGUGGGAGUGAUGUGCGCCCUACCCAAAGAGAUGACGGCGGCAAGAGCGAUGUUGGAUGAAGAGCAUGAGCCGCUGAAGAUAAGAGAUGCGCAAGACAUUAAUAGCUAUGUGCUGGGUCGAGUCCAUGAACACAACGUGGUGAUUGCGUGUCUGCCCACAGGGGUGUAUGGCACCAACGCUGCGGCCACGGUUGCCAGCAAUAUGUUGAGGACGUUUCCUGAAAUCCGCUUUGGCUUGAUGGUGGGCAUCGGAGGUGGCAUCCCAAAUCUCGCGAAAGAGAUCGACAUCCGCCUAGGCGACGUGGUAGUCAGCCAGCCGGAUGGGACUUAUGGCGGCGUGGUCCAAUACGACCUGGGCAAGAACCUAGGGAAAGAAAAGUUCGAACGGAAGGGAUCUCUCGACAAACCCCCGACCGUCCUUUUGACAGCCCUCGCAUCCAUUCAGUCCAGGCCUGACACCUGUCGCCGUCGGGUAUCAGAAAAUGUAUCUGCAAUGAUCCAAAAGCCUGAUCUGGCGAACGAGAAUUACAUCUUUCCAGGAGUCGAUCAAGACUAUUUAUACUGCACUUGGUGCGAUCGGUCUCAAUGGCCAUUAUUGAUGAUAUGGUUGGUGCUAUUCUCGCUAAGCCCAUUGUGGUUGUGUAAUGUGUGCGACAAUGGCAAGAUCCCGAGAUCUCCGGGCCGGAGAGACCCUCAAAUUCAGUACGGAAUCAUUGCAUCUGGGAAUUUGUUGAUCAAAAACGCUGCGGAAAGGGAUCGAUUGGGUAAUGAGUUUGGUGCUAAGUGCGUCGAAAUGGAGGCGGCGGGACUGAUGAACACAUUUCCGUGUCUCGUUAUCCGAGGCAUCUGUGAUUACGCCGAUUCUCACAAGAACGAUAUAUGGCAAAAGUACGCUGCUGUCACCGCGGCAGCGUUUGCAAAAGAACUAUUGUCGACUGUCAGUCCUACGGCGGUGCAUGCCACACGACAUGCUACGGACGCCAUGAAUCAUCGAACACACGAACUCCUUAACGAAGGCAUCCAGCUUCAGAAACAAGCCAUCGAGGUACAACGCGAGCACUUUCAAACCCAUAAAUCCGAAGUACUGCAUCAAACCGAGCGUGAACGAUAUUGCCACCAGGCUUUUAAAACAAGCACUUAUGAACGGUACAAAAACAUCAAUCCAGAGAGAGUCUCGGGCACAUGCCGAUGGUUACUCAAUCAUAGUCAGUUUCGAGAAUGGCAACAAAGAAGCCAUCAUGAUCUCCUGUGGAUCUCGGCCGACCCGGGAUGUGGCAAAUCCGUCCUCGCCAAGUCUCUGGUCGAUCAUGAAUUUGGCGAUGCAGAUCAGCAUAGUGUCUGCUACUUUUUCUUCAAAGACAAUGAACGCCAGGACAACCUUAACACUGCUUUAUGCGCCGUUCUCCACCAACUUUUUGAUCACCAACCGUCACUACUGCGUCAUGCGCUGCCCGCAUGGGAUAAGAUCCAGGACGGGAUACAGCAAGAAAGUGAGGAAAUGUGGCGAAUUCUCCUCGCCGCGGCAGCCGACUCGUCAGCUGGACACAUCGUAUGCGUCCUGGAUGCAUUAGACGAAUGUCGGGACGAGGACCGACGACAGCUCAUCGGUAAACUCUGUGAUUUUUACCAACGGUCAACGCCCACGCUGUCGGGGGCUCGGCUGAAAUUCUUGGUAACGAGCCGACCGUAUGACAGCGUGCAGCGCUGGUUUGAGGAGACUACGUCACGUCUGCCACAGAUCCGGCUGCGAGGAGAGGACAAGAACGACCAGAUCCACGAGGAGAUCAAUCUGGUGAUGGAUCUACAGAUAGACAGCCUUGCAGCUGAGUUUAAGCUUUCCGAAAAUCACCAAGAGAGGCUACGCCAAAGCCUACGACAGAUGGAACAUCGCACCUACCUCUGGCUCUAUCUGGCCAUGGAAGACAUACGGACCAUGUACCGGGACAGCCCUGAUCCCGAAGAGGAGCCCACUAACACUCUCCCUACAUCAGUAGAGAGUGCAUAUGAACGCAUAUUGCAAAGAAUUACCGAAAAACAGAAGUCCCAGGCGCGAAAGAUCUUGCUCAUCAUCGUUGGCGCGCGACGCCCAUUAACCAUUAGCGAGAUGAGCCUGGCGUUGAAUGCGGCCAGCGCGCACGAACUGGGUCAAUCGUAUAUGAAGGAGCCGAACGUGCAGCAUCUGGAGAGACAUGUCCGAGAAUGGUGUGGCCUAUUCGUCUUUAUCAACCAUUCCCAGCUCUUUCUCAUCCACCAAACUGCUAAGGAGUUCCUUGUCGCACAGGGCUCCAAUUUCAGUUCUGUAUCAGGCUGUUGGAAGUCAACAUUUUCCCAGACGGAGAUUGAAGGUGAAAUGGCGAGACUGUGUGUGACGUACUUAUUUCUCCGUCAACAAGAGGGCAGACCUAGGGACGAAGACUGGCAGGGUUACCAGCGCGCCAACACCAGAGUCCCAGUCAUCCAGUCAUCGACUUGGGAAGAGCAGAACAAGUUCUUCGAAUAUUGUGCUGAGCAUUGGACAUCGCAUCUAAGAGAGGAUGUUGUUACCAAAGACAGGAAAAACGCAGACGUGAAUACUCAAGGUGGAGCUUAUGGCAAUGCACUACAGGCGGCAUCAUGGCGAGGUGAUGAGAAGGUGGUGGAGAUGUUGCUGGCCAAGGGCUCAGAGAUGAAUGCUCAAGGUGGAUACUAUGAUAAUGCACUAUAUGCAGCAUCAUCAGAAGGUCACGAGAAGGUGGUGGAGAUGUUGCUGGCCAAUAACGUGGACGUGAAUGCUGAAGGUGGAGCUUAUGGCAAUGCACUACACGUGACAUCGUCAAAAGGUCACGAGAAGGUGGUGGAGAUGUUGCUUCCCAAGGGCGCAGACGUGAAUGCUCAAGAUGAGGGCGCGGACGUGAAUGCUCAAGAUGGAUACUAUGGCAAUAUACUACACACGGCAUCAUGGCAAGGUAACGAGAAGGUGGUGGAGAUGUUGCUAGCCAAGGGCGCGGACGUGAAUGCUCAAGGUGGGGAGUAUGGCAAUGCACUACAUGCUGCAUCAUCAGAAGGUCACACGAGAAGGUGGUGGAGAUGUUGCUGGCCAAAGGCGCUGACGUGA